AUGCCUUUUGGUGUCAAGCCAGAAUGUAUUCAGUGUCAAAGGACGGAGUCAGCUAUGUGGAGAAAUACGGAGCUUGGAUUUAUUUGUAAUGAAUGUAGUUUAAAGCAUAAAGAGGAAGAAAAGCAAUUAGUUUUAUCUCAACAAAAGGAAGAAAAUUCCGCGAAUAAAAAUCAAAACUUAGAAUUUUCCACUUCUUCAAAAAUUAUGCUCAGGAAAAGUACCAGAAUGACUAGAAAUUAUAAAACUAGACUUAAUCCAUAUGCGUUACCUAAACCACUUGCGCCAAAAGGAAAGGGUCGAAGAAAUAUCUUUAAAAAAACACCUAUGAAAGCACCAUCAGCUGUAGCGACAACUGUAACUAGUAACCAUAUAUUUUAUAAAGGAAGCUAUAUUCAUGUUGGAGAUGUAGUUCAAGUUGAAGAUAUCAGUGGAGGAAUAUUUUAUGCUCAAAUCAGAGGAUUAUUGACUGAUGCCUAUGGUGAAAAAAGUGCUGUUAUAUCUUGGUUAGUGCCGACAAAAAACACAGAUUCGUUAAAUUUUGAUCCAUCAUCAUAUAUUUUAGGACCUGAUGAAGAUUUACCAAGAAAAUUAGAAUGUUUAAAAUUUGUUAUGCAUGCACCAUCUGAUUAUUUCAAAUCGAGAAACUCGCCUUAUCCUCAUGUAUUUCAACAAUCUGACAAAUUUCAAAGCGGAUAUGUUUGGACUAGGUUAAGUGUUGGUUAUUAG